ACUCACUCAUGAGUCAAGUGGGUGUAAUAAAUCCCCUGGACAUUCUGGCCGCUAGGUUGGGCAUGUUCUCUUCGCCGGAUCUACGUAACCAUUACUUUUUCAUUUAGGCUACGCAGCCUUUGCAGGUACAUCUAAAAUCUGCGGAUGAAGUCAGUGCAUCGUGACUUUUGUCUCAGAAAUUCAGAAUCUGAUUUUUUCCUCAGCGCUUCGUUUCAUCUGAGGGAUUUUCCUCAACCAAAUCAGACGAAAGGGUUUUUCUCCUACGCAGCUUUUUUGUGAUGACAUUCUGUGCUAGAAUUAGUGCAUUUUAACAGUCAUAUUCUUCAGUAUAACAUUGGCAUAAAUACAUCCUGCGGAAGAAGUUUGACAUCAGAGAGGGACAACCACAUAUUUCCCUGGGAUAAUACUCUUCGAGCGACCUCUCUAUCUCUCUCUCUUUCUCUCUCUCUCUCCCUCUGUCCCUCCCUCCCUCCCUGCCUCUCUCACGCUCUUUACUGGCGAUUCAGACUAUUAAGCAGUUGCCACCGAGAUGUCAGCCCCAGAUGCCGGUACCGGAGCCCCAGGGGCUGAGGGAGAGGCGGGAGGCCCCCCCAACCUCACCAGCAACCGCAGGCUGCAACAGACGCAGGCCCAAGUGGAUGAGGUGGUGGACAUUAUGCGUGUGAAUGUGGAUAAAGUGCUGGAAAGAGAUCAGAAGCUGUCGGAGUUGGACGACCGGGCCGACGCGCUGCAGGCAGGAGCCUCACAGUUCGAGAGCAGCGCCGCCAAGCUGAAGAACAAGUACUGGUGGAAGAAUAUGAAGAUGAUGAUCAUCAUGGGCAUCAUCGGGAUCAUCCUCAUGGGAGUCCUUUUCAUGUACUUCUACUACUGAGCUGGUCUCUAGGUGGCUGAACACAAGGUAGACAGCGGAUCUGACAGCGGAGCCGAAGCCUUGUGUGACAUCCACUCCCCCCUCCUCCUAAGCUCCUCUCCUCUCCUCUCGCCCCUCCCUCCAAACUCUCACCGAUGCCUUCUCAUCACAACAAGCAGCGCGUGUGGAUGCGGUGCCUCCUCCCUCAUCUCUUCUCUCUCUCUUGAUCUUGGUGUGACUAAAAAAUAAAUAAUAAUCCCCUCUUUCCUCUAAAUGACUUGUAAUGUAGUGCCCAGCCCUACAUUUCUUUUACAUUUUGUUUUGGUUUCGUCUUGAUGGAGGAAGAUGAUGUAGAGGUUGUUAGAAGAGAAUGUCAUGUGGAUCUCUAUGUACAGCUGCAGAUUUAUAGUUGUCCCCCGUCAGAAGUAAGAGAAGACAUGCCAUUGGCUCCUGUGUGUGGACCUGGCCCAAUCCCAUGAGGGAGAGAGAGAUAAAGACCAUUACCAGGGCAACAGACAGAGCUGGGGAAUGAAAGAGCGAGUGAGAAGAGUUGAAAUCCAGAAUUUUAAAAGGAUUUCUUUAGCCAAAGCAAACUCUUUAAUGUGUGCAAGUAGAGAUGCACAACCAAAAUCAAUGUAACAGAUUAGACACAACUGUUCAAUAGUCUUGACGGACUGCAAAUUUAAAUAUUACUAGAUACUAGCUUUGCAUCCCUCCUCAUUUGAAAGACAGAGAAGAUAAAGACUAGGCUGAGAAAGAUAAGGGGCUGGGUGGGGAAAUAGUCACUUACUUAAUUCUGUCUUUAGGCAAGAGUGACACCUCCUGGGACAUGAAUUAAGCAAACUAUCAACUAUGUACUAUUCUUAAUCCACAUCAUGUUAGCUGUUAGAUUGUCUCAUUGAAUGAACAAUGUUUUGAAUAGACACUCCAAAAAAAGAAUUGAGGAAUUGAAAGGGGAUCCCUAGUGUAUAUUUUGUGGCUACUGUUUCCAGGAAUACCCCUGCCAGUCAUCAAGAUGGGCAUUGGUUACUGAUAGCAUUUUGUUGUUUUGACCUUUAGGAAAAGUAGCAUUCUAGCUUUAGGUGUCUGUGUGUUCAAUUUUUAAUGUACAGUGUACAGGGCAAAGAUAGGUUUGGAUGUCGGGCAAAACAACGUGUGCCUUAGAGAGUUUCGCCUGAGAUGAACGUGUUCCAGACCUAACCAAUCAGUCUUAAGUGGCAGACAAUGUGUCCCCUCUCCCGUCUUUUGCUUUGUAUUGCAUUUGUAGGAGUGGCACCUGACCUGUGUGGGUAUUUGUGUGUGUGUGUGUGUGUCUGUGUGUCUGUAUAACACCCCUGAAGCUUGCGAAGCGACUCUCUAUCGCACACAUUCCUUUUGCCCUGCUUUACUUUCCACACCGAAAAAAUCCACAACUUAUGCAAAUAUUAUCAUUCGGUUAACCUUCGGAUGUUAUCUGCAAAUAUGUUUUUGUGAAUAAAAUGCAUGUUCAAUGAAGUCAAAUAAAAAAUUACAAAAAAUACAAAAUGUCAUGAGAACAUGCUCCAGUUAUAUGAAUAUUGCACUCAGCAGGUUGUCACCAUGCAAUGUACGAGUGAAAAGCCAAUAAGAACAUAUCAGUUGAGCUUGAAAGAUUCUUCAGAGAAAGCUGCUAAAUUGUGGUUCUUUAAAAGCAUGUCUGUUUGCAUAUCAUACUAAUAAAGUGAUAACCAUG